CGUGCGUAUUGAACUACGCGUCAGUUUCACGUUCAAUGAAUAGCGUACUCAAACUUGCUGAUGUUGACGAAAGUUUUAAACAUUUUGAAGAACAUCUGGAAGGUAAAGCAUUUUGAAAGACAACGAUUUUGGAAUAGGCUUUAUAUAGCCACACAGUCCACUUCAACCAACUGAUAGGCUAAAUCAAUUAAAUCGUACCGAGUUUAUAAAUUGAGUCUUAAUGGAUUUCAGAUAUUUAAAUACGUAAUGAAAUCUAAGGAUGGAGGCAAUUUAAUAUGUCAUUUUAUAAUUGAGAAAUAAACGCGUCACACUGGCGACUGAUAGUGCUGGACCUCUGCAAAGGAGGUGUCUGUGCGGCGCGAGAGAAAGGACAGCGGACUGCAAGAGCCUACCCAGCCUACAACACAUGGGGACAGUAAUCAACCACCCAGGAGCAUACAGUACAGAGCUCAUCUGGUCUGUCAACUUCAAGACUGGAGUGUUGCUUGUACUUGGAGACAUCCUUUCUAGCAUUGGAAGUAGCAGUGACAGCCAGCCCUAGCAGCAGGCAGAGAGAGAGAGAGAGAGAGAGAGUGUGUGUGUGUGUGUGUGUGUGUGUGUGUGUGUGUGUGUGUGUGUGUGUGUGUGUGUGUGUGUGUGUGUGUGUGUGUGUGUGUGUGUGUGUGUGUGUGUGUGUGUGUGUGUGUGUGUGUGUGUGUGUGUGUGUGUGUGUGUGUGUGUGUGUGUGUGUGUGUGUGUGUGUGUGUGUUGGUGUGUGUGUGUGUAACCUGGCCUGCCAGUUCCGGGGGAGAGGGGAGGAGUACUAUUACACUCCCUGACAGACCUUAUACAUGUUUCAUCUGCUGCUUGGAGAACAGACGGGGUGUUUGUUGUCUAUUUCAGCCCUCUCUCCUGGCCCGAGACGCUGCUGCAAACCGCUAGCCCUGUUGUCGCCUGACGACCAGCAACAGCCACACAUCUCCCCAAAGCUGAGGACCAGGCCAGGCCCCGGGUAUCUGAAGGACUCACCUCCUCACCUGUCAGGCCAUGCACAGGGACAUGGAGUAAGCUAACUUUUAAAACUAGUGCAUCUUGGCACCUGACUCAACAACCAGCUACCGCCUAAACUUCCACCAACUACAGCUCCCAGCAAGCCUGCCAACUACUAAAACGGCGAGCCAGCCAGCACUUCUCCUCCAAUAUCCACUGUCCUUGACCAUGAACGAGAACUUACGGCCCCCAUCACUCCAGGUGAGCGUUCCCCGCGAUGCCCCUGCCUACUCGGAUGGGGGGAACGGCGGGGUCUCAGAUGACCCUGUGUGGUCAAGCUUGUCCACCCCAACGCUACGACGCAAGCGCUUCAAGAUGAGGCGCAUGAAGAACGCGCCCAGUGAGAGGGAGAAGGACAGGGGCAGGCUGGUGAAGGGGUGGCUAGCCUCCACCUGCUCCCACUCGGGCUCCAAGGAGUACCUGCAGCUGCCCUCCAUCGAGAUCACCCGGUCCAGCGACGAGGAUGGGGCCUCCUGGUCCAACUUCUCUACGCCCAGCGCCUCACCCCGACGCAAGCGCUUCCUGCUCCGCAAAUGGCUGAGAGUGAGAGAGAAGAAGGAGCACACCUGCAGCGAGAGCAGCAGCCAGCAGAGUAGCCAUGACGAUGACUCCACUCGCUCCCUGACUCCCUUCAACCUAGAGGAGAGAUCUGACAGUGCAGCGGACAAGAUCUGCACUGCCAGUAACUCCAACAGGAGCACGCCCGCUUGCUCGCCCGUCUUGCAUCCUAAACGCUCGCGCUCGCCCACGCCCCAGAGCCUGGAGCCUGGUGAGAACAUGGUGGAGAAGGGCCACUCUGACCACUCUGACAAGUCCCCCUCCACCCCCGAGCAAGUGGUACAGCGAACCUACUCUCUGCAGUCCGCCCGCAGCGGAGGCAAGAACUCCAAGAAGAGCCAGAGCUGGUACAACCAUGAAAGACAACACAUCCUGAGAGUGUUGAGCCCCACAUAUAAACAGCGUAAUGAGGACUUCAGGAAGCUCUUCAAGCAGCUACCGGACACAGAGCGACUCAUCGUGGAUUACUCCUGCGCCCUGCAACGAGACAUCCUCCUGCAGGGCCGACUCUACCUCUCAGAAAACUGGAUCUGUUUUUAUAGCAACAUCUUCCGCUGGGAAACGCUGCUGACGGUGAGGCUGAAGGACAUCUGCACCAUGACAAAGGAGAAGACAGCCCGCCUCAUCCCCAACGCCAUCCAGGUGUCCACAGACGGUGACAAGCACUUUCUCACCUCAUUUGGAGCACGGGACAGGACCUACAUGAUGAUGUUCAGGUUAUGGCAGAAUGCACUGCUGGACAAACCCCUGUGCCCCAAAGAGCUAUGGCACUUUGUCCAUCAGUGUUAUGGCAACGAGCUUGGCCUGACCAGUGACGACGAGGACUAUGUUCCCCCGGACGACGACUUCAACACCAUGGGGUUCUGUGAGGAGAUUCCUAACGAGGAGAAUGACAUUAGUAAUGACAACUUGUCUAAGAGCAGUGCCGAGGCCAAGCACGAGGGCAGCCCACUGUCCAUACACAAGAAAUGCAUCAUCACCAACAGCACCAUCAGCUCAACCAUCAGCAGCGAGCCCCUCUCUGUGAGUCUCAGCGACAUAAUAGAGUUUGACCUCCCUCCAGACGAAUACAUUGACUGCCUCCCUAACGGGGAGCUGCUGGCCUUGCCCCUGGUGCUGGAGCAGAGGCUAGCGGAGGCCAGCGGCCUGGUGCCCUCUACCUCCCUGGACUUCAACGACAAUGAAGACAUCCCCACCGAACUCAGCGACUCCUCAGAGACCCACGACGAGGCAGGGGAAGUGCAGGCCUUCCACGAUGACCUUAAAGGGAGACAGUACAUCGAUGAGGUUUACAAGUUCAGUGUGGACAAGAUGUAUGACAUCCUCUUCACAGAAUCCCAGUUUAUGACCGACUUCAUGGAGCAGCGCAGGUUCUCUGAUAUAGUGUUUCACUCCUGGAAGAAGGACGAUGCAGCGGGGAACCAGACGAGAGAGAUCAUGUACACCAUCUCCCUGUCCAACCCGCUGGCCCCCAAGACAGCCACUGUCACAGAGACCCAGACACUGUACAAGGCUAGCCAUGAGAGUGAGUGCUACAUCAUUGAUGCUGAGGUCAUCACACACGACGUGCCCUACCACGACUACUUCUACACGCUCAACCGUUACAUGCUGACACGGGUGGCCAAGAACAAGUGCCGUUUAAGGGUGUCCACUGAGCUGCGUUACAGAAAACAGCCAUGGGGAUUAGUGAAGGGCUUCAUCGAGAAGAACUUCUGGAGCGGGCUGGACGAGAACUUCCGCCAUCUUGAGUUGGAGCUGUCGAAGGUGGAGGAUGUGGUGUUGGAGUCGGCCCGGCCCUCUCCCAAGAUCAAGGUGGUGAAGACGUCUGUGAGGCGGAGGAAAAGACCACUGGUCCAAUUACGGAGCCAGCACCUGGACGACGCCCUCCUCAGCCCUGUCACCACGCCAACCGACGACGAUGUCAUCCACCGCAUCAAACAUGUGGGCGUGACAGGCUCCACUCAGACCAGGCACAUGCCUGAGCACCUCCCUGGAGGCAUUGCCCUCUACAGUGUCUCCAAACUGCUGCUCAUCAUCAGCUUUGUCCUGGUUUUGCUGGUGUUGCUCAACAUGAUGCUGUUCUAUAAGCUGUGGAUGCUGGAGUAUUCUGCACAGCCUCUUACCACCUGGCAAGGGCUGCGGAUACAUGAGAAUAAACUGCCCCAGACGCAAAUGGAGUGGGCCCAGCUCCUGAAGUCCCAACAGCGUUACCAUGAUGCUGAGCUGCAGAAGUGGAGAGAGAUCAUCAAAUCCUCCGUGGUACUAUUAGACCAGAUGAAAGACUCUCUAUCGAACCUUCAAAAGGGCAUUGACUUAAGGGACUACAGCUCAGAAGCUGAGGAGAAAAGAAGCCGUUACCACUGACAUACGACCUUAGGCCAUGCGGGCAGGGUGUGCAAUAUAGGAGCUGUUUGUGUGUAAGUAUGCAAACAAACAAAGAGAGACAAGAGAUCGACCGACCGCGAGGCGAGCUGGGCCCAGUGUGACAGGGAUGGCUGCCUGCUGACGCCCCCCCUCAGCUCACAGAGGUCACGACCCCGCAAGUCAGACUAUGGACAGGAAGUUAACAGUGGCAUUCCCACAGCACUGAAGCAUUGUGGGAAGGUGACAGCCCAGCUUACCUUGACCCCACUUCUGUCUCUUAUUUUUCUUUGUCUUUUAAUGUUGGAAGGACAUCGUCCUAUCAGCCGUUGCCAUGUGGGGAAUAGAGGACAACAAAAGCUCAGCAUGUGAUUUUACUCCUCACCUUAACUCCUCUCGAUGAGCGUCUGUCUGUGGUUCCAUUCCUGCUCUGUGAGUGUCUAAAGAGGAACAAAAGGGGUCCUACAGUCUCUAGGCUUUCUACACUCCCUUGACUGUUCCAAACCGACCAUCUCCUCAAGGUCCAAGCUGCAGUGUCCCUUUUAUUAAACCCUCUUAUCUUGGCCACAGACCAUGCUCUAGAGUAGCAGGAUCACCAGCAAAGAUAUAUUAUAGAGUGUGUGUGUGUGUGUGUGU